AUGGCGGCCACAACAUUCGACGUUGGCUACCUGGCCGCGUCGUAUUCCGUCCCCGAGACGACGCUGCAGUCGCUCAUAUCUGAACCCACCGUAGAGCUUGUCCAAACAUUGCUCACUCAGAUCGAAGCCAAGGCGCGCGCCUAUGAUGACCUCCAGUCGGAGAAGAUCCGCAUUGAUGUCGAACUUGAGGCCGCUGUACAGGCCGGCGAGCAACGCGCGCGAAGCUUGAAGGCCAUAGCAGAGAAGGCCCAGAAAGAGGCUGAUGAGCUGAAGGAGAAGCUCGCCCAUGAAGAACAUGCGAGACAAGAGGCAGAGACGGCGCUGCACAACCUGCAGGCCGCAACCAGCAGCUCCUCGUCCGAGACACAGGCGCUGGAAUCGCGCAUCAAGACACUCGAGGCCCAUAACCGCGAUGCAAUGGCCAUGCACGAAGCUAAGACGGCUGCACACGACCGCCUGGCCAAGGAGCUGUCUGAGCUGCACGAGAAGUGGUUAGAGCUGCGCAAACAGGCGUCUGCCCUGGAGCAGAAGAACCAGUCGCUCGAGAGCGAUGCCACCAACGUCAAGUUCCGCGAGGCCAACCUGCAGCAGGAGAUUGAGCAGCUGCGGAGCAACAACGACUGGUAUACCACUGAACUCAAGACCCGCUCCGACGACCACAGCAAGUACCGCAAGGAGAAGAACGCCCAAAUCGCCCAGCUUCAGCGCGACAUUGCCGAUGCCUCCGAGACGAUCGAUACCCUACGCCGCGCCGAGACCCUCCUCCGACAGCACAUUGACGAACUCAAGAACAAGGCCGAGGAGGACCGCCUGCGCAUCGAGGAACUUGAGAAUGCCGCAUCGACAGCCGAGGCCAACUUCCGCAUCGAACUCGACGGCGCCCGACGACUGGCGGCUUUGCACCAGCAGAACAAUGAGAUGACCAAAAAGCGCCUGGAGCAACUGCAGGCUGACAGCGAACGCAUCCAGGAAGAUGCUGCUAACGAGAUUGGCCAGCUACAGGCCGAUGUUGAGCUCGAACGCAAUAGGGCUGCUGAAGCCGAAGCCCGCACGGCCGAGCUGGAGACGCUUGUCGAGACUCUCAAGAGUGACAACUCUGACCUUCGAAGCUCGGUUCGCGUCCCUGCAACGCCUCGUCAUGGUAUGAGCAUGAACGGAGGCUUCAGCACGCCGGGCAGGGCUGCAUCACCCGCCGUUUUCUCUCCUGGCGGUUCCCAACUCCGAGCUGACGCUUCCAAGACCCAGUUGCUGAUUGAAAACAACGAUCUCAAGAAGGAGCUCCGUAAAGUCCGGGAAAAGCACGAGGAGCAGAGCAGCAUUCUCAACGAGAUGCUUCAAGAACUCGAACGACGGCAGCCUGAGUUCGAUGAGCUUCGUCGUCAAAACGACGCACUCAUCGAGCAGAACAACGACAUUUCUACUCUUCUUGAAGAGGCCAUCGCCGAGCGCGAGGCAGCUCAACGGGACUCUCGCAAGGCACUGGGUGAUCUUGAGGGUGUCCAGAACGAGUGCGCGCUACUUCAGCGUCAAGUUCAGGACACGACGAUCCAGUUGCGCUCGCUUCUAUGGCGACGUGAAGCCGAAGAGAACGGCAUCGCCAGCCUCCCCGAAGAUCAGCAAAAGUUUAUCCUCGAGACCGUUAACAAGAACGAAUUACCGGACGACCUAUUGCCUGACGAUUCGCCGACACACAACAUGAUCACCAAGCAUCUUGUGCUGUAUAAGAACGUAGUCGAGAUUCAACAACAGAAUGCCGAACUUUUACGUACCAUUCGACAAGUAGGUGACGAACAGGAGAAGCAAGAAGCUCGCAUGGCUUCCGAACAGUACCAAAAGGACAUUGAGGAGCUUGGUCGCCUACGCUCCGUGGUCGCCGAGAAGGAGGAAGAGAUCAAAUCUCUCCAUGUACGCUCACAGACUCUGAAGACAGAGCGCGACAUGUACAGUCGCAUCGUGAGUGGUCGUGGCCAGUUGCCUUCUCACUCACAGUCAACCUCUAUCUUCGCACAGUCGGUACCAGCGACAGGAGGCUUCUUGCAGCUCGAGAACGGCUCUCAGUCUCGUGAGAUUCCGGAAUACAGCAAGCUUAUCAAGGAUCUCCAAUCUCAUAUUGACUUGCUGAAGGAGGAGAGUGCUACCGACCGUGCCACACUUAAGUCACAAGUCGAUACAUUGACCAAGGAUAACUCCCAGCUUCAGAGUGAGAAGCUCCGAUUCGAGUCACAAGUGCGACGUGAGCAGGACAGGUAUGCUCGUCUCGAGGGUAGCAUCAAGCUGCUCCAAUCAGAGAAGGACUCCCUCCAGGAGCGCUACAACAAGGUCCAGGCGACCAUGGCCCAGCAGGAUGAUAGGCUUGUCAAGGCUACUCAAAAUGCGGCCGAGGCUGAAGCCCGUCUCCAGAGCCUACAGGGUGAGAUGGUUCAGCUCAAGGCAUCCCAGCAGAUGUCUGCAACAAUCGAAGCGCGCCUCAAGGAGAGGAACCAAGAAUUGGUUACCGAACGUGACCGCCUGAGCAACAUGGUUUCCUCGAUUCAAAGUUUGCGUAAUGAAGCUGAAUUGGCCACUGCCGAAAGCCGACGCGAACUUCAAAACACAGUCGACAAGCUUCGAGCUGACCUGCAGACUGCCGAACGCAAACUGGAGGAUGAGAUUGCGGAGCACAAAAAGGUUAUCCAAAUGCGGGACUACGAGCGCACCGAAGCACAGCGAAGGAUUGACGAUCUUAUCGCCGCUCGCAACAGUGCUGAACUCAAGUCUGCGACUGCCGACUCGACUCGUCAACAACUCGAGCAGCGUGUCAAGGAUCUCCAAAACCAACUUCAACUGGCUGAAGAGCGUGUGCAGGCUCUCCAACCACGAUCUGCUUCGCAGACCAACGGCUCAAACGAAGAGGAAUCAGUCAAUCGUGAAGAAGAGCUUACUGCAGAAGUUGCAGAACUCAAACGCAAGAUUGAACGCAAGGAGGAAGACCUGGAAGCUGUCACUGCUCAAAUUGCCGGUUUCCAGGAGAUUGCACAAGAUGCAGAAAACCGACUGCAGAACUUUGUAGAGGCCCAUGAGAAACUCCAAGAGCAGAUCAACUUGGCACAGCAGGAGAAGGAUGCUAUCAUUAGCGAUUUGCAGCAGCGCGUUGAAGAUAUCUCUUCUGAGCUUGCCACUAGCAGCACCGAGCUUACGCAACUCCGAGGACAGCACGAGCAGGAUACUUUGGUACUCCGACAAGAGAAGGAAGCACUCGAGUCAGAGAUCACAAGACUCAAGAACGAUGUUGCCGAUUACAAGGCUGAGGCUGAAAACCAGAUGCAGUAUGUCAAGACACAGGCCGAUAUCGCCGAGCGCGCCCAAAAGGACUACGAGCACGAAUUCCAGAAGCACGCUGAAAGCAUGGAGAGACUACGUGAACUACGGGAACAGCACAACCAACUACAGACCGAGAUUACGGAGUUCAAGACUCAAGCUGAAGCGGCACGUACGACAUUGGAGCAGAGCCAAGAGCACUGGAAGUCGACGGAAGCGCGAUAUGAAGAGCAGAUUGCAGAAGCCAAACGUCGUCACGACGACCUGAAGCAGUACAACCAAACAUUGCUCAAGCAGUUCGACGAAUAUAAGGAGCAGAUCAACAGCUUGAAGAACGAACGUGGUGCUGUGGCAGCAGCCGGCGAUGUGGGCACUACCGAAUCAGGCUCAAGCAAUCUUCAGGAUAUCGAAACCUAUCUCCGCCGCGAGAAGGAGAUUCUAGAAGUACAACUGAACCUCAAGGUCCAGGAAUCGAAGCGACUGGAGCAACAACUGACCCACGCCCAAACUCAACUCGACCAGACUCGGGAAAAGCUGCUGGAAGAACAAGCCAAGGCUUCUGGUUCACAGAGCAACUCCAGUCUCGCCCACCUUAACAAAAACCUUGAGGAGCUCAAUGUCUACCGCGAAAGCAACGCGACGCUGCGAAGCGAGAAUACUCGUUUGCAGAAUUCGCUUGCUGAAAAGGCUAAGGCAUUGGAGGCUCUUCAAAGUGAGCUUGAACCACUGCAGGUUCGUGUUUCCGAACUCGAAGGAGAGCUCGAGCUCAAGGCCGGUCACCUCAAGGCUGUUGAAGAAGAUCGUGAUCGUUGGCAGAAGCGCCACCAGGACGUACUCCAACGAUACGACCGCAUCGAUCCCAAGGAACUUGAGGAUCUCAAGAAACAGAUCGAGGACCACAAAGCUGAGCGUGAUCAGGCAUUGCAGCAAGCCUCUGGACUUAACGAGCAGAUUACCGAUCUCACUGCUAAACUAGAGAAGGCAGUGAGUGAAAAGGACGCCGAAGUCAAGUUCGCAAGGGACAGGUUCCAGAAGAUCCAUAACGAGCGCAUGGGCAAGAAGAACGAGGAGAUGAAGGCUAUUGCUGCCGAGCGAGACGAAGCUCAGAAGUCAGUUGAGAACUUGAAGCAAGAACUUGAGACUCUCAAGCAACAGCUCGCCAGUGCACAGACAGCAGGUACGGAUGCUGGUCAAGCACAAGAGCGGAUAGCAACACUGGAGAAAGAGCUGGAGCAAGCACGCGCGCAACUCGGAGCUGUCCAGCAAGAGCUCGAGGCAGUCAAGGCAGCUCGCGACGAAGCCAUCGCUCAAGCAAACGCAUCCUUACAGUCAAUUGGAAACGCAGAUGCGGGCGAAGAAGGCCAGGUCAGUGAAGGGGAUUCUACCGCUUUGGCACAACAAAUCUCGACACUGCAAAAGCAACUCGAGGAAGCUCAACACAAGGCUGCCGAAGCUGAGAGCAGCCGAUCUGCUGCCACUGACCAGUUGUCUCACCUGCAAGCCCAAUUGUCAGCCCAGAUCGACAGCCUUGAGAGGCUCCAGAAGGAAACCGCUGAGAAGAGCACAACCAUUGAUGAGCUUCGCCAGCAGUUCUCGCAAGCACAAGCACAAGCUCAACCUCAAGACCCACAAACUGCACCAACUACAGUACCAACUGAGCCUAGUGAUGAUUCCGCUUCGCGUGCGGAGAUCGAAAAACUUAAGGAAGAGCUUGCCGCGAAGGUGCAAGAGAUUGAUGAUCUCAAGGCACAGCUCGCUACCGCGCAAUCCAACGAGCGUUCUUCUGCGGCUAAUGCCAAUGCGGAAACUUCUCAAGAUAGCGACGAGAUUGCUGCAAUCAAGGCCUCGCUUGACCAGCGUGAAGCCCAACUUAAGGAACUUGAGGCCUCACUCAAUGGUCGUGAAGGCGUCAUUGCUAAGAAGGAGGGUAACCUCGAGAAUCUGAGGAAGAAGGCCAACGAGCGCGUCUCAGCAAUCAGAGCAGAGACUGACGCAGAGCUUGCCAGAUUGAAGGGCGCUCAUGAGGCCGAACUCGAACGACUUCAGCAAGAGAAACAGAUGGCCACUCCUAAGGAGACUGCCGAGGCAUCAACAGAGCCUUUGCCUGAAGGCAUGAUUCAUACAGAGGAUCUCCCAAGACCCAGAGUGACGGACAGCCAGCUUGCUCAAUGGUUCAGAACUAACACUGGGGCACUCAGAGUUGUCAAGGCGCAAAUUCAAAACAACCUCAAAAAGGCAACGACUUCUAGAGACGAGACGAUUGCUAAGCUGCGUCAAGAGAUUGAACAAAUCAACACGCAAAAGGCUAUCGACGGCAUCACAGGUGUGAAGCAGGAGCCAGAGCAGGCGAAGCAAGCUGCCUCGAGCGAAGAUGUCAACGCAAUCAACGCUGCCUGGGAAGAGAAGCUCAAGGUGAAGCUGCAGGAGAAGGAGACAAGCAUGAACAAGACGUACGAGAUGAAGUCGAGAGUCAAAGACUCGCAGCUCAUGCUCGUACGAGCCAGGUUCAGCUACGUCGAGACGGCUGCAAAGGAAACACCAACCGAGGAGGUUGCAAAGGUUUAUGCGAUUGCAAUGACCCAAAAGCCCAAGCCUGACAAUAAGGCUGGCGCACAACCAGCUACUCCUGCGAAGCCAAACCUCACACAAGCUCAGCUUCCAAACCAGGCACCAAAUUCAUCAACGCCAUCACAGGCCGGUGCGACGCCGGUGCAGCAACAGCAGGCAGCACCGUCGGUGAAUAACACUCCUCAAGCCAAUGGGGCUGACAACAACUCUGGAUUUCAAGUACCUCACCAAUCGAACCCAUUCCUUCAGUCUGUCGGCCAAGGUAACGCUACCAACCCGUUCAUGCAAGGCGCAAACCAAAUGGGUCGGGGUCUGCCUCAACCAGGCUUUGUAGCACAAAAUCAAGGUCAACAGCAACAGGGUCGCGGUCGUGGUGAUGGCGUGGGAACCGGUCCACAAGCCAUCCGCGGUGCCCUUCAAUCGAACAUUCCCCGUGGUGGCGGCACAGGCAUCCCGCUACCUGGCGGCCGUGGACGAGGCCAGCAGAUGAACCAACAGCAGCCGCAAACCCAACUCCCAACCCAAGCUGCAGGUGCAGGUGCUUCACAGAUUGGUCGUGGUGGCGGUCGAGGCGGUGGUCGUGGCCGCGGCAAUGCCGGCCAGCAGAACCAGAAUCAAGCCUCACCAGGCCGAGGACUCAACCCCGGAGCUGCUGGCUUCCAACCUGCUGGUCAGGCUGCCCAGGCCGGCCGUGGCCAGAAGCGGAAUGCAGAAGAUGAUAGCGAAGGCGCUACACGUGGUGGAAAGAGAGCGCGAGGUGGACGUGGUGGAGCUGGCGGUGGAGCACCAGCUGCUGCAGAGUAG